UCGGCUUUUGCUCGGUCACAAAGGCUCGCACAGCUGGGCCAGCAAGGGCCAAGCACUGCACACCACCCCACACGCCAUCGACGCGCCGGACCGCGCUGCAUGCGCUUAUUAUCGGUCAUCGCGCGCACCAUGGCCGCGACGCAGUGGCACCCCGCCGGCAUCCGGCCGCAGCGCUCGGCGCUCGAGAGCCUCAAGGCGCGGAAGGAGGCGUUCCUAGGGGACGCUGCCGGUCCUCUAGCUUGUUGGACGUGUUGUUUAGGUUCGAGCGCUGGAGAUCUUGAUAGCUUAGCAUCAGCGUUGGCCGCAGCCCACGCGUGCAACGGCACGGCCGUCGCGCGGUUCAGGAGGGAGGAUCUCGCAUUGAGGAAGGACUGCCAACUCGCCUUAGGGGAGAAGGGCGCCGCGGCUUUACUCUACGAGGACGAGAUCACUGACGAAGUUGCGAAAAAGAGAGAGCCGAAGACCACUUUAGUACUGGUGGACCACAACCGCUUCGACGCCCAAUCCCUGCAAUUGGGAGAUAGGAUCAUUUGUGUGAUGGAUCAUCAUAGAGACGAAGGUCAGCACAAGGACGCCAUCGACCGAGAAGUCGACGAGACGUGUGGAAGUUGCUCGUCUUUACUAGCCGAGCGCAUGGCCGCGUACAUGGAGCCUGAUUUAGCCCGAAUACUGCUCGCGGCCGUCGCGAUUGAUUGUCGGGGCUUCGACCCGAAAGUUAGAGGUACCAAAUUUAGUGGAAGAGACGUCAAGGCGGCGCAUUCUCUACUAGAUGUGCUGGGGCCGAAGGUUUCGGAUCGGUCCGAGGACUCCCUACGAGCGAGACCGAUCCCCGAAGGGCUUUUUGACGCUUCUACAAUUCCGGCGCUCGCGAAACUCUUAGGCGCCGCGCGGCACGAUGUGACAGGUUUGACGGCGGCUCAAUUAAUUGCUCUGGACUACAAGAGCGCCGUGGCUGGUGAUGGCACAAAGGUCGGCGCCGCUUCCAUUUUAACUCCCUUCGACGAUUUUGAAAGUAGGGCUGGUGGGAGCGAGGCGCUCGCGGCUCUGUUAAAAGAGGAGGCGUCUUCCCGGAACGUCGACGUGCUCUUUGCCAUGUGCCAGACGGACCCUUCGACAAAGAAGCGCGGCCUCGCGUACGCUGGCAAGGCGGUCGAGUCCGUCGAGCGCGGUUUCGAGGCCGCGCCUGAAUCGUUACCUGACGCGCUGCGGACGGCGGCGCUGUUCGUCGAGCAGAAGAUAUCUUCUGAGGGGUUUGGGGCCGCGUUCUCGGAUAGAGGAGGGAUGCGGUAUUCCGAGCUGCGGCCGCAGACGUCGCGGAAGACGGUGCUGCCGGCGAUCCUGCACUUCAUGGCGGGGUAA